CAUAUAAACCCCACAGAAGAAGAAGAGGAAGCCGAAGAAUAAGAAGUAACGGUAUCACUGAAGCGUGAGACGCAACAGCUCCAAGAUGCCCGCGGUGGAUGUGAGCCAGUGGUCCGGACCUUUAUCGCUGCAGGAGGUGGAGGAAAAACCUCUGCACCCUCUGACUAUUAAAUACGACUCUGUGGAGAUCGACGAGCUCGGGAAAGUGCUGACUCCGACACAGGUGCAGAAUCGACCCACCUGCGUCGAGUGGGAAGGAUGUGACCCGGCGAAACUCUACACCUUAGCCCUGACAGACCCCGACGCUCCCAGCAGGAAGGAUCCCAAAUUCAGGGAGUGGCACCACUUCCUGGUGAUCAACAUGAAGGGGAACGACGUGUCCUCGGGCUGCGUCAUGUCCGACUACGUGGGCUCUGGACCCCCGAAGGGAACAGGUCUGCAUAGGUACGUGUGGCUGGUGUACGAGCAGCCCGGAGCCCUGUCCUGCUCCGAGGCCGUGCUCACGAACCGCUCCGGAGACGGCCGCGGGAAAUUCAAGAUCCAGAGCUUCAGGAAGAAAUACAACCUGGGAGCUCCGGUGGCCGGGACCUGCUACCAGGCCGAGUGGGACGACUACGUCCCCAAACUGUACGAGCAGCUGGCUGGAAAGUAAAAAAAAAAAUAAAAAAAAGACUGAAAGACUUCCCACUGACACUGACAUCCAAACAGCACCAACAGCAAAGCUUUUUAUUUUUGAAUUUUGGCCGCUGGAAAGUAUUUAGUUUCCCACAAAAAGAUUCAAAGAUUUAAUUUCUUCUCACCUGCAAUAAAUCUGAAACUGUGAAA